UUGUGUUCAAUGUGACAAACCAGGGUUGUGUUCAUUGUGACAAACCAGGGUUGUGUUCAUUGUGACAAACCAGGGUUGUGUUCAUUGUGACAAACCAGGGUGUGUUCAUUGUGACAAACCAGGGUUGUGUUCAUUGUGACAAAACAGGGUUGUGUUCAUUGUGACAAAACAGGGUUGUGUUCAUUGUGACAAACCAGGGUUGUGUUCAUUGUGACAAAACAGGGUUGUGUUCAUUGUGACAAAACAGGGUUGUGUUCAUUGUGACAAACCAGGGUUGUGUUCAUUGUGACAAACCAGGGUGUGUUCAUUGUGACAAACCAGGGUUGUGUUCAUUGUGACAAACCAGGGUUGUGUUCAUUGGGACAAACCAGGGUUGUGUUCAUUGUGACAAACCAGGGUUGUGUUCAUUGUGACAAAACAGGGUUGUGUUCAUUGUGACAAAACAGGGUUGUGUUCAUUGUGACAAAACAGGGUUGUGUUCAUUGUGACAAAACAGGGUUGUGUUCAUUGUGACAAAACCAUUAAGGAACAUUUGGGAUUGGAAUUUCAGUUUACUCCCCGAAUUGACUGAAAUGGAAUUGGCACCAAACCUGAAGGUCCUAAAAGACAACUAAACACACAGUGUGUGUUGACUAACUGUUCAGGGAAGCUCUGCUAUGGGAAGCUAGACAUUGGGAAACACAAAGUACAGAAGUCAUGUUUGUUGGAGUGUUUAUUUGAUGUUGUCCCAGACCACCAAACCAAACGACUGACCCAGGGUCAGAGCAUAAAGAUGAGUCUAUGUCCCCGAUAAUAUUCAUCAGUGUGUUUACAGACAGACCUACUGAACAUUCACACACACACGCGCACACGCACACACACAUACACACACACAAAAAGAUUGAACACACUGUUGUGUCGUCCGGUUGGUGUCAGUCCUGAUCCACCACCACUACCUUGUUCUCUGGAUCCAUGUUGAAGCCUACAGUCAGCCCAUGCUACUGCCCCUCUGUGCUGCACUGUGCUGGCUCCUACUCUGGAGGAGGAACAGAUGGAUGAUGAUGGUGCUGAUGACAAAAGAGGACACAGUGAAAGGCAGCAUGGUGGAGGACUUUGUCUCUGUGGUUAGAGGGGGUGACAGUGAGUCCAUCACCUCACUGGCUGCCAAGAAGCUGCCCACGACACAACUGAUGAGACUGUGGGGAGAAGCUGUGCAUUACAACCCUGACUUUAUCCGCAGAGCGAAGCGAUUGCGAUAUGAGCUGGUGACCUCCAGAGACUUCUCCCGUGCUAUCUCCCUGAAGAAGAACCUGAUGAGACAGCUCCUGCCGCUAUGCUAAACAUCGUCCCUCCUGCCUGCUUCAAAAACAGAUGAGCUUUUCUUAAAAGACUCCCUCCCUCCUCAAUCCAACUAUACUUUAGAUUUAUAAACCUAUGAGAGAUGGCGAUGAUGAUGAUGCUGAGGAUGAUGAUCAUCAAAAUGAUAACAAUGUCUUCAUCUCUCUCAUUAGGCUCUAGAUGUGAGUGUGUGUCCAUCUGGCUAAAGUGGGCUGGAAUGUGAGAUCACCCAACGACCAGUUCAGCCUCUUAAUAAAAUUACCUUCACCUGUAGCUUAAACAUCUCUAUUUAAUUUCCACAGUAUUGCCAUUUACAUACUAUUAUGGAGGUUUAACCGUUUAACCUUUGACCCUAACAGAUAUAGCCAUAGCUGGAGCCUGCUGGGGUUCGUGGUCGCCCUGCAAGGAGAGGACUAAGACAAGGAGCCACCAGUGUAACAACCCUGCAACAGAGGCAUGGCCUGCAGAGGACUGGAAUUGACUGUUUCUGAUAUUGUCCCAGGCUCUUAAUUGAGAUAAAGCUAAUAGGGGCGGCAGGUAGCCCAGUAGUUAUAGUGUUGGGCCAGUAACCAGCAGGUAGCCUAGUGGUUAGAGCGUUGGGCCAGUAACCAGCAGGUAGCCUAGUGGUUAGAGCGUUGGGCCAGUAACCAGCAGGUAGCUUAGAGCGUUGGGCCAGUAACCAGCAGGUAGCCUAGUGGUUAGAGCGUUGGGCCAGUAACCAGCAGGUAGCCUAGUGGUUAGAGCGUUGGGCCAGUAACCAGCAGGUAGCCUAGUGGUUAGAGCGUUGGGCUAGUAACCGAAAGGUUGCUAGAUCGAAUCCCCGAGCUGACAAGGUAUAAAUAUGUUGUUCUGCCUCUGAACAAUACAGUUAACCCACUGUUCCUAAGCCAUCAUUGUAAAUAAGAAUUUGUUCAUAACUGACUUGCCUAGUAAAGGAAGUGUUGUGCCUGUGUUACAGUAUGUUUUUUAUAGUGACAGUGAGAUAACUGAGGAGAUAAAACUGAGGAGAUAAAACUGAGGAGAUAAAACAUAUUCGGCACAUGUGACAAACAAAAUGAUUUGAUAAUCGAGAAUAUCUUUAACUGUUUUUAUUUCUGAACAAACCUUUUAACCCUCAUCUUUCUGGCCAGAUAAAAAGACAGAGUUGGUAACAUAAUGAACAUCAUUGGUAUUCACUCCUACGUCCUGGUGUAGUUUUGAAAUCUGUGCCCCCUGCCGUGCUGUGACCCGUCUGGCUGGUGACAUCAACAGCGUUGGUUCUGGGAGGAGGAGCCAAGGCAGGUGGCGCCCCCAUCUGGCUGGGGGUUGUCACAUGACCGUCGGCGGGUCUUACUUCCUGACUGACAGGAAGACCACGCCCCCCAGCAACUCCAGGCCCCGUCCGUCGUGGAACCUAUCAGACGACAGAAUGCCAGGCUCUGUGUCACCCACUCAUCUAAUUCUCUACACCUACUAACUCAAGAGCAUAGUUACUGUAGUAAGGUGUGGCACUUGCUGUCAUCUGAUGGCAGAUAUAAGUAACUGCAUUUAAUAGCACUGUCACGCCCACCUUUCCUGAGGGUGUCCUCGCAGGCUUCCCCUCUGAAGCCCUGCUUGCAGAUGCAGUAGCAGGAGGUCUGGGAGAGGACAGGGAUGCCGUCAUGCCUGCAGGGGGCACAGCGACAGGAGUUGAACUGGAGCAGGUACUCCUCCCACGCCCUCCUCAGGUGGGCCGGCCGCGCCCCCACGUGGUCCCCAACUGUGCUCAGACG